UGAUUGAAAUACAUGAAACAUAACCACAAUCAACCACAAUAUCCGCUAUCGUGUCACGUAAAAAUAUUCCGCGAACGCUGCAAAGCGAUUCAUGCACCUUGCAUACUGACCAAUACUGACAACGAGCGAAUUAAUCAAGAGAGAAUAUUAAGAAGAAUUACGAUGUCACAGGGAAAAGGAGGUAGGAGAAAUCGUAAACAUUAUGAUAAGGAUAAAAUCAAUUUUGGUGACAAAGGCAGGGAAGUGGUGGAGGACAUAAACGAAAACAGUUGCGUGGUGCAACAGUUUCGCGCUUACGCAGCCGAACUGGACGCCAAGCACGAUCGUUACGAGAGGAUUUUUAAGAUCAAUCGUGACGUGGGCAUCGAGAGCAAAAGAAUCAUCUUCCUGUUGCACACCAUUGACAAAGAGAGCAAGCGAAACACCAUACUGGAUGCAGCCAAGGCGAGAUUGGACAAUGUAGCACAGAAGUUAUUUCGAAUUAUCGCGAAUGAGUUGGAUGGUCAGGACCCCUAUCAGUUUCACAGGGCCUAUCGCGCUGGUCUGGAAGAAUAUGUAGAGGCGCUCACAUUCCACGAGUAUCUACAAAAUGGUGGUAUGCAGAACUGGACCAGCCUGGAAAAGGCACUGACAUACAGCACACCCUCAUCUCCAGCCGAUUCGUUGGAGGAGAGUGCCUCCAAAACUGUGCAGGUAAUGGUCACACCAACGAACUAUAUCCUAGGAAUAGCCGAUCUGACUGGAGAACUGAUGCGAAAGUGUAUCAAUAACUUGGCAAUAGGCGACGUGACCAGUUGUUACCAAACAUGUGACUUUGUCAGAAAGAUAUACAUAGCCUUCCUGGGCUACACUAGCGUAGUGCACAACAACGAGGUGAACAAGAAAACCAUCACUCUUAAGCACAGUCUCACCAAAAUGGAGAACGCGUGUUACACUAUCAAAGUGCGAGGAUCUGAAAUACCAAAGCACAUGUUGGUUGAUGUUGCCAUUGCGGCGGCCGAGGAUUACACCACCGAGGACGAUGAGGGAUAUCAGGCGUUUUAAUAUAUGAAAGCGCAAAUUACUUAACGCAGAUUAAUUUAAUGUUUUUUAUUUACUGUUUUUUUAUUUAUCGAACUCACUAAUCUGAUGCGAGACGAAAGCAGUUGAUAGCAUUUGAUAUAAUCAGAAAUUGAUAAAAUAUUUUUUUUUUUUAGCAUUAUCUUCGAUUAUUUCAUUUAAUUUCACGAAGAUUAUGUAACAUAUAAGAUUAUUUCAAACAUUUAAAAAAAUAUACUGUAUUUUCAGUCAUGCAUCAGAUUAAUGUAUUGAUCAUUUUCAUUAUUCAGAUUAAUAUAUACAUACUUUCCGACACGUCAAAGGACAACGUCGGUUGUGAUAUAUUAUUAACGUUUUUAUAUAUUUCUCUUCAAAUAAAAUAGAUAUAUGCAUAUA